AACCAGACUUUUUUCUUUAUUCAAAAACAGCUUGAAUGAUUAGUUAUCAAAAUAGUUGCAGAUGAACUUUCUGUUGAACAAGUAUGUGAAUUGUUCUUUCAGCAGAGAAUAGACGCUAUGUAGAGCAACAUGUGGUAAGGGCAAAUUAAACAAAUAACUGAACAGUUAAAUGAAUUAAAAAUAACAAGAAAAACCUUUUAGCAGAUCUCAUGUCGACAUUAACAUUUUGCGAUCUUAGUAUUGCUACAAUCCUUGAAUUACAUGAUUAAAAAUGAUUCCAGCACUAUCUAAAAUAUAUAACUCAUCAGUGAAAAUCAUGUGAGAAAGUGUGUAACAUUAUUCCCCAAAGUACUAGUUUCAUAAAAUUAGACAAAACGUGAUCUUGGAAAUACCUGGCACAAAGGGAGUCAUUGUUAUUGUCCAAGAAGCCCUGUGACUGCACUCAAGGGGCAACUUGAAAUAUAAUCUCUUCAAACAAUGUGGCAGUACACAAUGACCAACAAUCCCAUCCACUUUACUUAAAAUAUAAUAGGCUAUUAUAUUACAUACGCUGAGACAGCCAUAGCAGCAAACACACCUGUAUAACACAGCACUCGGGGGAACAGAAAUCAGACCUUUUGUAUAUGAUGGAUCAAAGCUUCAAAAAAGCUAGUGUACAGCAGAGAGAUCUACAAGUGUUGAACCAAAGAGAGGACAGGGAUCUCCAGCAUAAACUGAACAUGUUGGACAAACAGUACCGCUACACUCGCAAGAUGUUACAGCAAAGAAGAGAGUCGCUGAUACAUGAACGGAGAAGGGUAGUGAUGGUAAAAGUGGUUGAGCCUAAAGCGACAGUCAACGUCGCUAUGAAAGACAUCGGAGAACACACAUUUCAAACAUCUUAUGGCAGAAGAUCGUACUCCAGCACAGCCCAGUAUCCCAACAAAGGAUGUGAACUGGUGGAGCAGAGUCGCUCGACAUCAGCCCCCCCUCCGUCAGUCAAACCCCCGAGCCCAGUGAGACGCAGGGGCUACAUCCAGAGCAGCGUGUCCCUCAUGCAGAUGAAAAACAUCGCAACUAUUGACUCAAUAUCAGAAAAGGAGCUGGCCAGGCAACAGCAGAAAGCCCGAGAGGAAAUGGAGAGACAGAGACAGUUUCAGAGGGAAACUUUACACAAGAGGGUGGCAGCGUUUAUAGACAUGCUCCAGGGCAAAGGCACCAUGGAAAUACAUGUGAAACCUCCGUAGAGGAACUCGAAGUUUGGAGUCUACUCAGUUUUAUUCCUCUACAUUUGCAACAU